AUGUCGGCAGAACAAGUGACAUUGGUGAACCUCAAGAGAACCUUGAGUGACUCAGAAAAUGAGAAGCUAUUAUCUUCAAUGGAAGAACUCCAGGCUUUGAGGGAAUCAAUUGUUAUUGUUAACGGUGCAGUGGCAGCAGCAAUGAAAAAAAAUUAUCAUUCGAGUGGUAGUAGCCUCAAGAAUCUGGGGGCUCCGCUGUAUCAAGCUGAUGACCUCGUUGAUGAAAUCAUUGCUCGCUAUCGUAGUGGAAGGCUUUCUGGAGUUGCUGCUGCAGAUCUGGAAAGAAAUCUCAGAUAUGCCUUGCAUAGAGUGGUCAGUGCCAGUAACAGAAUUACAGAGAAGGCCGGUGUUCGCUUCUCCUUUUCUGUCCCCUCUUCGCCAAUGGCCAAGCUAAGCAAAGUCUUAGGCGAGCUAGGGAAGAAAUUGGAGGAGCAGCAUGGUUCAAUUGAUGACGAUCUUCCUGUAAGCUCAGUCGACCCUCCUCAUGAUUACACUCUCUCUGAAAAUGAAGUUAUUGGGAGACAAAGAUAUAAGGAUAAUAUCAUAGAUAAUCUACUUAAACACAGAGAAAACGAAACAAGUGUCUCUGUCAUUCCUAUAACUGGAUCAGCAGGAAUAGGGAAGUCAGCUUUGGCUCAGUUAGUGUAUGACGACGAAAGAGUAAAGAAUCAUUUUGACUUAAGAAUGUGGUUUCAGGUCUCAGAGAUAGCUAAUGAGAGGGAAAUCAUUCAAGAAAUUGUGUGCUCUUUUGCAAAUAGGGGGUCUAAUUACAGGCGAAAUCCAAAACCUGCUAAAUCUCAGCAUCUCAAUGGGUUGACAUUUCGUGAUAUGUUGGGAUGUCGAAGUAUUGAUACUUCUGGGAUCCAUCCUAAUACUAGUACUAGUAAAGAUGAAGAAAACAUGGAAAACUCCUUUACUACUAAAGAAAAAGAAGAUGAAGAUGUAAAUAACAACUACGAGCGCCGACUUCGGAAAGAGAUUGAAGGGAAGCUCUAUCUACUUGUCCUAGAUCAUGUUUCCAUAAAAAAAUACGGGUCCCCUUUGAAAAAGUUAUUAGCAGCAGGUGCAAGAGGAAGUCGAAUUUUAUGGACUACACGGCUCUUUGAGGGGCCAAUUUUUGCAAAAAAUGAAAUUAUGAAGUUCUAUAAAUUACAGGGGCUGUCAGAGGAUGAUUCAAAGCGUCUGUUCAACAGAUUUGCUUUUGGAAAAGACUCACAAGAGAUUGAAGAAAAGACUACAAUGGUGACGGAAAUUGUUAAAAAUUGUGAUUUUGUUCCACUUACUGUAAAGGUUGCAGCAAGCUUUCUUUAUGACAAAAACAAAGAUCAGUGGUCAUGUUUCACUAAAGAAUUGAAAGAUAACAAGGACAAAUUUGAACAUGUCUUACAUGUGAGCUACAAUGAUCUCCCAACUCGGCUUAAAGCUUGCUUGAAUUAUUGUUCUUUGUUUCCUGAAGAUUUUCGUUUCAACAAACACGACCUGAUUAGUCUCUGGAUAGCACAAGGAUUCGUUCACCCACCCAACCAGGGUGAAAGUUUGGAGGAUGCAGCAGAGAAGUACUUUCUGGAAUUGUCACGACGCUGCUUCUUUGAGGACGUCACCACUGAUUGCUUGGGAAAAAUAGUCACUUGUAAGAUGACUCAUAUUAUGUGUAGAAAAGAAUUGCAAUAUUCAGCAGGGGUUGAGAGCUUGCACAUGACAGAUAAAGGGGUUAGUCUGGAAACAACAUGCAAACAUGUUUCUUUGACAUGUAAUCAAGACUCGUUGAAGAAUAUCUCAUCAUCCGUUCUCCAAGCUCAGAGUUUACGGGCACUUUUCUUAGUCAAGGAGCCAGACUGUGACGCAAAGAUAGAUUCAUUGCAGUGCAACACGUUGAUCUCCAGUUUUAAAUGCCUUAGGGUGUUGGACUUGCAUGAUCUUGGAAUAGAGGAAUUGCCAAUAUCUAUUGGCAAGUUGAUCCAUUUGAGAUACCUAGAUCUCUCCAGGAAUGAUGGUCUGGAAACUCUCCCGAAGUCGGUCACAAAAUUGUACAACUUGCAAACACUGAAACUCAACUCCUGCACAAAACUGAGAAGAUUACUAGGUAACUUUGGUGAACUAACAAACCUUACACGUUUUGAGGUUGAUGAGUGUGAUAGCUUGCCUUGCAUGCCUCUAGGCGUGGAGCAAUUAACUAAGCUCAAGACGAUGAGUCGUUUUGUAGUUGGUCAGGAUUGUUGCAAAGACAUGGUUAGCAGUGGGUUGAAAGCUCUGGAAAAACUCAACUUCUUAAGAGAAGACAUGGUUAGCAGUGGAUUAAAAGCUCUAGAGAACCUCAACGACUUGAGAGGACGGCUGGAAAUUGAGUUGAAAAGAGGUUGGACAGCCACGAUAGAAGAAGCCUCAAAGGCAAAGUUGAACGAGAAAAUCCAUCUAGACAAAUUAAAAAUCAGCUGGGCAAAAACGGUCUCAAAUUGUAAAGAUACUUCACAGAGUUCACACAAUUCCAAUCAAGAAAAAGUAUCUCACAGGCAACUUCUUGAUAAUCUUCAACCAAACCCAGAACUCAAAAUCCUCUGUAUAGAAGGAUAUAAAGGGCAAGACUUUCCAGAUUGGGCAGGGGUGAGUAUGUUGGCUUCUUCUCUCCCGAAUUUGAUUGAAAUCAGCAUUGAAGGAUGUGACAAAUGCACACAUCUCCCACCGUUUGGGAAACUUGAAUACCUCAAACGACUCACCCUGAGACAUAUGGCUAAUGUAAAAUAUGUGCAGAGAGAACCUUUCCACCAAGAACCUAGUCCUGCAUCUCCAUUCUUCCAAAAUCUGGAAGAGCUUAACCUCCACAACUUCUACAAGUUAAAAGGAUGGUGGAAGGAAAAAGUGCCGAUAAAAUCUAAAGAACAAAUUCCAUCCUUUCCUCGUCUUUCCAAAUUAAGGAUAUGGAACUGCCCAAAGCUGCGAUCAAUGCCUUUAUUCUCAGGAGUUGAAGAACUAGACUUGCGCAACAUCAAUCAGAUGCUUCUAGAAGAAAGUUCAAAGAAUUUUCCUACUGAGACUCAUUCCAUAGUCAAAUGCCUUCAAAUUAAGGACUGCUCAACCCUCAGCAGCUUCGCAGAAGUCAAAAAGGGGUUAGGUGGGCUCGCUUCUUUAAAACAGCUUGUGAUUGAAAAAUGCCAUUCUUUGAGUUCAUUGGCAUCAGAAUUGUCGAACCUCAAAUCCCUGGGGGUGCUGGAGAUUUCCAACUGCAAAGAGCUCGACCUUUCUGAUUACGUAUCAAAUCCAUGGACCUCAUUGGCAAGUCUUCACCAUUUAACCCUGAGAGAUAUCCCAAAAAUGAAGACUCUCCCUGAGGGACUGAAGAGUGUCAAAACUCUUAAAUCAUUAUGUAUAUCAGCUUGCACUUCCCUGACAGAAUUGCCAUCUUGGAUAAAUUGCCUGACAGCACUCCAGCACCUUCAGAUUAAAAGCUGUGAGGCUGUAACAAGGCUGCCAAAUGAACUCAAGGAAGUAAACUCUCUGAAGAAAGUUGAGAUUACCGAGUGUUCUGCUUUAAUGGAACGUUGUAGAGAGCCUACAGGGGAUGACUGGCACAAGAUCAGACAUGCUCGGGUACUGCUCCAUAAGUCAUGGCGUUAUGGACAUACCUCACAGAACAGAUCUAAUGUUCGUGCACUCACAGAUGUUAAGUACAUCGUCAUACCCAUUAUAGCUGCAGAUACCUAA